AUGAAGUGCCGUGUGCCGUCUCCCGCCGAGCGCUGGGUGCGGGUGUACCGCGCGGCCCACGCGUGCGGCCAGCCCGCCACUCGUAGAGAGCAUGACGCCUUCCGACUGGCCGCCAGGGACUUGCCUCCAGCUGUGACGCUUACUGGACUGGAGCCUGACACUAGAUGUCGUGUCUGGCUAGAAUUGUUCCUGACUAACGGAAAAGUGAAGACAAGUAACGUGUUGGAAAUCACAACAAAAUCUCUGGACUCACCAGAGCCUAUUGACAAUGAGAUAGAAGCAGCAUCAUCAUCAAUCGCCAACAGCCGCGGCAGUCCUCGCGGGGACUAUUACGGAGCCCUAGUGGUAGUAGGGGUGGUGGCAGCCCUAGGAGCGCUGACGUCACUGCUGCUGCUACUAGUAGUCGUGAGGAGGCAUCGACCUCGCUCCGUGCCUAUUACACCUGUGCCAUCCGCUCCUCGCGAGUCCUCGCUGCCGCCAUACGACAAUCCUGCGUACAAACUAGAGUUACAACAGGAAACUAUGGAUCUCUGACAGUUAAGCUCCCGUGGGCACACCAACGGCCUCAACGGGAUAUCAGAGCGCGGUGUUGACGUCCCGAACGGACGAACAUACAACGAGAUGGGCGUAUAAGCCACUGCUUGUACACAUGUGACAGAGCUGUAGACCCUGGCUAUACAGGAGUAGCAGUGGGAACGACAGGUGGGAAAAUUCCCGAAAACAUGUGACAGAACGGUGCCAGUGAGUGUACGCUAGAACUCAGAACAGUGCUAUGUCGAUAUUUUGUUAGGCGUUUCUAGAUUAACUUUAGUAUUUUCUACACUUGUGAUGUGGCCUUUUCUUAACUUGAAAACCUUUCAGAUCUCUUUGUAGGGAAAAUGCGAAAUCUUAUUUAUGUGACUCUUCUAUUUUUAGUCUCAUUUCUUAUUUUUUACGUUAGUUGUAUCACAAAUACUCGAAACUACGAAUUUUUAACUUCUCGAUUUGAUAUUAUUUAAAAUUGAAGCAAAAUAAAAAUAAUUAUUUAAUAGUUCCUGUAAUUAAUACAAAUCAGUGAACUAUGAAAAACAAGAAAUGAGUGCCUUAAUUAAUGUAUAAUAAUUAAAAUAAAUAAUAUUUACCUACCUUGUUCUUUUGUAAAUAGUGUUAAUAUAGGUAGUUAAUUAUUUGUUUAAAAUGGUGGAUACAAAUAAUUUGUAAAAUAAUGUUUUUUACUGACACUGAACUGCCGCAAAUUAAUCUUUUGUAAUAUACAAUACAUUUUUUUAAAUCUU